AUGUCCGACUUGCAAGGUCGCAAGGUCUUUAAGGUCUUCAACCAGGACUUCAUCGUCGAUGAACGCUACACUGUCACCAAGGAACUGGGUCAGGGCGCAUACGGUAUCGUCUGCGCUGCCACCAAUGGUCAAACCGGUGAGGGCGUCGCCAUCAAGAAGGUCACCAAUGUUUUCAGCAAGAAGAUCUUGGCCAAGCGCGCCUUGAGAGAAAUUAAGUUGCUUCAGCACUUUAGAGGCCACCGCAAUAUCACCUGUUUGUAUGACAUGGACAUUCCCCGCCCGGAUAACUUUAACGAAACGUACCUGUACGAAGAAUUGAUGGAAUGCGAUUUGGCCGCUAUCAUCCGCUCCGGACAGCCCUUGACCGAUGCCCAUUUCCAAUCCUUCAUUUACCAGAUCCUCUGUGGUCUCAAGUACAUCCAUUCGGCCAACGUCCUGCACCGCGAUUUGAAACCCGGUAACCUACUCGUCAACGCUGAUUGCGAGCUGAAGAUUUGCGAUUUCGGUCUGGCUCGUGGUUUUUCGAUCGAUCCUGAGGAGAAUGCGGGAUACAUGACAGAAUAUGUUGCGACAAGAUGGUACCGCGCGCCAGAAAUUAUGCUGAGCUUCCAGAGUUACACCAAAGCCAUCGAUGUCUGGUCCGUUGGCUGCAUCCUGGCCGAGCUCCUGGGUGGCCGUCCUUUCUUCAAGGGUCGCGAUUAUGUCGACCAGCUCAACCAGAUUCUUCACUAUCUGGGUACUCCAAAUGAGGACACGCUGAGCCGCAUCGGCUCGCCUCGUGCCCAGGAAUACGUGCGCAACUUGCCAUUCAUGCCUAAAAUCCCUUUCCAGCGUCUCUUCCCCAACGCCAACCCUGAUGCUCUCGAUCUGCUCGACCGGAUGCUCGCUUUCGACCCUACGUCGCGUAUCUCGGUUGAGGAGGCCCUGGAGCACCCCUACUUGCAAAUCUGGCACGAUGCCUCGGAUGAGCCAACCUGCCCGACGACCUUCGACUUCCAUUUCGAGGUUGUCGAAGAUGUGCAGGAGAUGCGCCACAUGAUCUAUGACGAAGUCGUGCGGUUCCGGGCCCUGGUCCGGCAACAGUCGCAGGCGCAGGCCGCCGCGCAGCAGCAGCAGAUUGCCCAGCAGACCAACGUGCCCAUUCCCGAUAACCAGCAGAGUGGGUGGAAGCAUGAGGAACCCAAGCCUCAGGAAGCGCUCGCCGCAGGCGGCGGCCACCCCAACGAUCUCGAAUCAUCGCUGCAGCGGGGCAUGGAUGUGCAAUAG